UGACAGCUGACUGGUUGACAGGACAUGAUACAAUUUAUAAAAGUUGUAGCAACAAAACAAACGCUAUUUCCUCUGUUUUCAAGUGUUUUCUUCGAUAUCCCAUUAGUAUCGGAAUUUAUUUGCACCAGUAUCGCCACUCCUAUAAGGACAGCAGUAUCCCGUGAGGCAGCAACAGUGCCAAAACGCUCACAUAAUUAUUUUGCAUUGUAACUGCAACGAGAGCAACCACUGUUAGAUGCAUUAUCAGUCUCCACUGUGAAAAUAUUUCACUUAUUAUUAGUACUUAAGCAGAAAUAUUUAAAAUGCAAGACGAGGAUCGCAAGGCAAUACAAAACAAUUUUAUAUCUCUCGUGGAACAAACAGAUCUGGAUGUAAUGGUCUCAUCCCUGUACGAAAAAGGAGUUUUCUCUGAGCGGAUGAUUGAACCAUAUAAGGAUGUAAGCAAAGAUGCUAAGUAUCGUAAGCGCCAGUUGUAUUUGGAUGUUACACGACGCGGACCCCAGGCUUUUGGUCAUUUGUUAGACGCACUUUCAGAAAACGGGUAUUGGGACAUAGUGCGGGACCUCGACCCCAACAGCUCUCUGCAUGCACGUCGACAAAGAAACCCCGUGCCGAGCACAAGUGUCGGCUCGAAUGAAAAGAAUUUCGUCAGCUUGUGCACCGAGAAACUAAAGACCAAGAAUGCAACCGACGUCAAUAAAAACCCCGCGCCGCCCGCGCCCCGCGCCCCCGCUGCCCCCGCGCGCUUGCCGGACCCCACCACCAUACCUCACUUCCAUGUUGUCAAAUCUACUACGUUUUUUGAAGAUAAUGACAGUGACAUCCCGCUGUACCGCACGCGUGGGCGUCGGCGCGGGUUCCUCGUGGUGUUCAGCUACGUGGAGUUCAACAACCUGGAGCCUUACCGGAACGGCGUCGACGUCGACUGCAAGAACCUGAAGUACCUCUUCGACGAGAUCGGCUUCAAGGUCAUCUCCUACCAGGACCUCACUAAAUCGCAAACCCUGGAGACGCUGAAGGGUCUGAAGGAGGUGGUGGGGGGGGCGGAGUGCGUUUUCAUCGUGGUGUCGUCGCACGGGUACGAGCGUCCGCGCAGCUCCGACAACGACAUCCGCUGCAAGGACGGUGGCCUCAUCGCCAUUAGGGACAUCAUAGACUACUUCAACAACAAGAACUUCCCCGCUCUACAGGGAGUGCCCAAGGUGUUCAUCUUCCAGCUGUGUCGCGGAAACAACGAGGAGUCCGUGUGGCGCCCGGGCGCCGUGACGGACGGCGCCAGUCGCGGCGCCAGUCGCGGCGCCCCGCCGGCGCCCGCGCCGCCGCUGCUGGCGCCGCCCGACGCGCCCGCGCCGCGCGACCGCGUGUACUCCGACAUACUCAUCGCGCACUCCACGGUGCCGGGUAACGUGGCGUACCGCGACAACGCGGCGGGCUCGUGGUACAUCCAGGCGCUGUGCGAGGUGUUCGCGGCGCGCGCGCACGACUGCCACGUCGAGAAGCUGUUCACGCUGGUGGACAAGCGCCUGCACGCCGCCUUCCUCGUGCAGACCUCGUCGGUCGACCGCUGGGGCUUCAACUGCCGGCUCUACCUGCACCCCGGCCUCUACGAGUCGCAGUGACCUCGGGAAUCCCUGCCGAUGUGCAGCCUACAAACUAUAAAUAAUGUAAAUACUGAUUUACUGCCAUCCCUAAGUGAGUACCGCCGCCUGAAGUGUGCACUGCGGGCGACGCGGACAGAAAGGGGGGAGGGGGUUAACUGUGCUCUCCUAUAUGCUGCAAAAUUUCGUUGCUCAAAAAGCUCGCUCAAGUUGAUCACUAGCAUACUAUGUAGUACUAUGAAGUGUCAUUCGAAAGCUUUAAUUUUUUAUCAAUUUGAAUUUUUGGUGUCUUUAAUGAUUGUAAUUAUAUGUAUGAUUAAUAGAAUCGACAGAUAAUGGAUUUAUAACAAUGGAAAUGAAAACAAUUAUCUUUGGUAUAGAACUGGUUCAUUUAAUUUGUAAGGACUAAAAGCGGCAACCAGAUCAGUGCAGCCAUUUUUUUUUUGGUAGAACCUACAUUCCAUACUUUUUGGCGUAAUUUUUGUAUGUAACUUGUAAUAUGACUUAUUUUUUAAACUUGAACAUUGUAUAAAUAUUGAAACGUUUUAAAGACAUAUUCUCACUGAACUUUUUAAUUUAACUGUACGAAAUACGUAAGUUGACAACAAAACAAGGAGUACUGUCCAGUUCUUGUUCGUUAUCAACACUAUGAAUAUAUCGAACUGAUGUGACUGUAUAAUAAUGUGUA